AUGUACCCAUAUCAAAGGCUUGAUGGAGAUGCAUUUGCCACCGAAGACGCUCAUCACUGCACAUACAUCAUCGACACAGUGCGCCAGAGCUUCAAUUUCAAUGAUAAAGAAAAUCAUCAUUUGGCUUCUGGACUCUUUUUGGCUGGAGCAGCAACAAAACUUCCAGCCGAAAAAGCGGCAGCACUUAUCAUGUUGAAGGAGAUGGAGCACGCAGGUCUUUCCGGUGCUGUAGCACGAGUGCGACAUCUUCUUGAACUUGUCGUCAGGCAGCAAGCAAAGCGGGAAAUUGACGGCGGGAGUGCAGACGAAGUGGAUUGGAUUGAAUUGGCCAAAGAGCACGGCUUGAAGAAUGUCGUGUUUGGAAUGUAG